AUGGCUUCAAUUCCCGCCGAUCGGCCAGCUUCGUCGCGACUAGGACCCGAGGCCGCCGCAGCAGCCGCUAUUUCAACACCCCAGAGCCGUCAGCCGUUGUAUACCUCCGAUACAUCCUCGAACCUGAUCGUCUCGGAUUCGCCCUCUCACUACUCGUCCUUCUCCAGCUCCGAUAGCGAUGAACCAAUACCACACUCGAUCGAAGUCACCGAUGAAGAUGCCGCCGGCGACGUGGUGGGGGUCAGUAUUGGCCGCGAGCAGAGCCGCAUGAAAGCUCGCGCGACACCCUUGGAAGAGAAGACCCGGGCGCUGGAACAUCAUGGCGGCUAUUUUGCGACGAUACCGGAUACCGUGGGCGAGGAUGGUUUGUUUGCGUCGGAACUCACUGCGGAGCCUCAAUCGUUGGCUGUGCCUGAGUUGGAAGAGACGAAUGUUGGAAAAGCACCGCAUGAACGAGGAUCCAAACCUAAGCCUCAGACUACAGCCCCUUCGGUGCGGCAGACACCACCCAAGCAAUGGCUUUCACAUGCCCCCCGCAGCGAUCUCUUCGCUGCAACUCCCGGGAAGCCUGGGCCCAAAGAUACGGCUGUCAGCCAGCGGUCUGGGUUUGUCGGAGCUUUGUUGAAGAAUACACUGCCUCGCCGGCCACGCGCAUGGUCCGGCGAACUCAAAAAGUUCCUACCUGACCUAGCCUCUCUGAAGAAACGACCGUCGCUCUCCUCGUUCCGAGGCGCCAACGGCCAAAACCGAAACCGCAGUCAAACGGCCGCUCCCGCAGUUAAGCCCAACCUGGGGUUGCCGAAAAGAACUGCAUCGCUAGGUCGGCGUCCACCAGCGUCACCUCCCUCACCGAGCAGCAUAAGCAUUGAAGAUGACGCAGAAGCCGCCCAACCAAUAUCUGAACUGCGUUCACCAGAUGGGACCUCGGCUGCGAAGCAUUCUUUCGCAAGGAGGCCUAGUACGGCGAUAGCAGGUCGCCCACCCAGUCUCCGGAGGUCCUCCUCGGAUCAAUCGCUGUAUCUCCGUGCCUCGUCCACAGCAUCAUCCUUGGAGCAGCGGCCGCUAUACGAGAACAUACACUCUCAAGUGAAUAGUCGGUUCAAGGCGAUCAAAGAUAGUCUACAAGACUCUAGCAGCAGGCUGCUUAGCAAACCGACUCUCCACCUGGAUAUCCGUCCUGAUUGGGGCUCUCGUUCGUUCUUGCCGGACAUGGGCAACGGCCCCGCGAGUAACGGCAACGGUCUUAAGGGAAUCGAGAACGGGGAAAUACCACGGCAGGCUACUAGCACACCUCCGCUUCCCCGCAUGAAUAGCAAGCCAUUGCACCCAAUUCUGGAAGCAGCAAUGGCAGAUCUCACGGGUGAUGUAGUGAUCCUAGGAGGCUAUCGAGGCUCGAUUCUGCGCUCCGCCAAACCACCUCAUCGUCAACUUUGGGUGCCGAUGAAGGUUGGCUUGAACCUGCGCAAAGUCGACUUGGAAGUCGGUCUGAACCCAGAAGACGAGGAACGUAUGGAAGAGACCAUCAUUCCAUCUGGAGUCCUCUCCCACGUUGGUCCCGUGGACGUCUGCCGACGAUUGAUGAAGCGACUGCGCAAGAGCGAAAACGCCAUGCGUGGCGACCUGCGCGUCCACGACUACGGAUAUGACUGGCGACUCAGCCCUGAGCUGCUCUCUCGUCGGCUCAUCGCCUUCUUAGAAAGUCUGCGUUGCAACCAGGAGUAUGCACCGGGUGAGCCCGGACGCGGCGCCACGGUCAUCGCACACAGCCUCGGCGGGCUGAUAACACGCCAUGCCGUGAACGAGCGACCCGACCUAUUCGCCGGUGUUGUAUACGCAGGCGUACCACAGCACUGCGUGAACAUCCUCGGACCCCUCCGCAACGGCGACGACGUCCUCAUCAGCUCGCGCGUGCUAACAGCCCAAGUAAACUUCACAUUCCGCACGAGCUUCGCCCUCCUCCCCGAAGACGGCCACUGCUUCAUCGACAAGACAAGCAAGAAAGAAUUCCGCAUCGACUUCUUCGACCCCAAAACCUGGGACGACCACUCUCUCUCCCCCUGCAUCAGCCCCGCCCUCCCAGUCCCACCAGCAAUAAUCAGCAGCGUCAGCAGUCUCGGUCUCAAAGACCUCCCUCUAAUCGGCAAGCGCUUCUCCAUGAACCUGCGCGACGACACUGAAGACCCUCUCACAGAAAACCAAAACUACCCUCUCCCCCCAGACACCCAUAACUCCGUAACCGGAACAACAAAGGACAUCACCGCCAGAAACCCAUCCCAUACCUCCCCGCACAACCCAGCCACCCACAUGGCCGAAAAGGCCAACCCGGCAGAUGGUAUCAUCGGCCCAGGCACGAACCCACGCAGCAGCGCCGCAAGCAAAGCUGCAACAACAAGCACCAUCCCGCGCCCCGCAGCAAUGGCCUACCUACAGCGCACGCUAGCCGAGACAAAACGCUUCAAAGCCAACCUCGCUUUCCGGCCCGACCAUCACAGCGAAAAUAGGUACCCGCCUGCGGCGGUGCUGUACGGCAAGACUGUGCCGACUGUGUAUGGGGCAAGAGUUGUGUCGCCCGAGGCUAUUAAGCAGGUUGAUGCUUAUGAUGAUCUGGCUUUUGCGGCGGGGGAUGGGGUUUGUCUUGCUUCGGCUGCUAUGCUACCGCCUGGGUAUCGGAUUAUCAAGGAUGGGCUGGUGAAGACGGACCGCGGGCAUGUUGGGUUGCUGGGGGAUCUUGAGGGGGUGGGACAGUGUCUGAGGGCUUUGCAGAGGGGGAGGAAGGAGGGUGUUGGGUUGGGGGUGAAGAAGUUGUGA